GCUAUAAACAUUUUGUAAGUGGGUCAUUGUGAGUGUGCACUCAUGUGAUGAGGGUGAGGGGUCCCUGUGAUUGUGUUUUUGUGGCCUAAUUUAUAACUGAAAUAGCAUAAGCAUUAGCCCAAUAUAGCAUGUCUAACCAUUGUUACAUGGAAUUCAGGAACAGGUUAGGGUCUUGUGAGGCUCCAGGGAACCAGCUGCUUGGAGGCCCUAGGUUUUACAUACUUUUGCAUACUUUCAUAUUUUAUUAAAAAAAAAAAAAAAAAAAAAAAAAUGCCCGAGGACAUAACAGCUUUAGCAAUCUUUUAGUUCAGCCCCCUAUAAAAAUGCAAAUAUAUGAAUGACGCAAGCAGUGGAUUCAUGCACGUAUGCAGGAGCACAUUUAAGGGCUUUUCUCGUGCAUGAGAGAAUCUGAUUGUGCUGUAGUAAGUGGGUGUGUCACUCAACAUAUAAAUACGACGCGUGACUUCAUUUUGACGUAAACUAGUCAGGGAACCUCAUCACCAUCUGUCCUCAUAACUGUUAUUGGUCGUUGGAAAUGAAGGCAAUAUCUCUUCGUGGGUCUUUCGCGCUCGUGCUGUUCCUCGCGUGUCUUUCACAGCUCAUCUUUACUGCUGAUAGCAUUAGAGGAGAGAAAGGGAAAGGAAAGAGACAAGAGCGUCGAGGUGAUGAUAACAUCUCGGUAUUCAAAGGAAAGUUCACACCUAAGGACAAGGCGCGGUGCUCGUGGUUGGCGCGCGGAGAGAAGGACAAGUACACCAUGAAUGUUACAUGUAAGCCUGGAAAAGGGGAUGGAUUCACCUGUAAAUACACUGCCAAGCCUUCGACGUGCACCGAAUAUGGGUCUAAUUCAGAGGGCUACUGGAAACAGAUCGCCAGAUCACUUAAAAAGCAGAAGAAACUUUGCAAGGAUCCUCGCGCACUGAUCCGGGCGGGCAUGUGUAAGCGCGCGCCACUGGAUGCGCAUUUCAAACUCGCCGAAACGUCACAAGCAAAACCCCCCAAGACAGAUAAGACACCUAUAACCACGAACACAACGCUUCCGGACAAUAAGCGCCAGUGCACGGAACGCACUGACCACAGUGAGAACGCCAAAGAGAAGUGUGGAGAUUCCUGGGCGAGUUUUUGCGCGUUUAUCUUUACUAUGAUCCAGAGCGGAGACUGCUGAGAGCGCGCGCUUUUACUGACAGCCCCCGGUGUAUGUAUGUAUGUAUGUAUACGUUUGUUGGUACUUUUGUUAUAGGCUACUACUGAUAUUCAAGUUUUUUUAAAAGAUGUAAAACAUCAUGUUUUUUUUUUUAUUGUAAAAACAGAAAAAGUCUACUGAUUCUGACAAAGGGGCAUGUGGGUCAAGAUGCCACCUGGCGUAAGACGGUUCCACCACUUUUAGUUUUUGCCUUGACCACAGUGGCACUAAAUGUAAUGUCUGAAAGAUACCGUUUUUAAUGCUGACAUUUAUUCUAAACAAAUCAUAAUGAUGUGUGUAUUUAUAUUAUAUUAGAUAUUAAAAGUUGUUAUUUAUAUUUAUUAAAUGGGAAUUUGGUAUGAGUAAAUUUGUGAGAAGAAAACUUUGUUUGGUUACAUUUUAUUUUGAUGGUCCCCUUUAGAUAUUCUGUUGACACAUAACGCUGCACCUACAUAUCAACUAACUCUCAUUAGAGUAUUAGUUUUAGUGUUAGUAGACUUUUAGGGGUAUGAUUAGGGUUAGUAAAAUAAAGGGUUAAGGGUUAGUAGAAUAAGCAUGUACUUGCAAAGUUACUUAGUAGAAUGUCUGUUGGGGGUCCAUCGCUAUAAAGGGUUAGCAGAUAUUAAGCAGACAUACUAUACUCUAAUGAGAGUUAGUUGUCAUUUAGGUGCAAAGCCAACAGAAUGUCUAAAGGGGACCAUCAAAAUAAUGUUAUUUUUUGUUUUUAUUCUGAGGUGAAAAGUUUAAAUAGACCCUUGGAGCACAAUGACCCCCUCAGUGGUGUAAGGCCCCCAGUGGCAUUUCGUUGCUGGUAUUAUUCAUGAUUAUCAUAAAUAAGAUAUUUUAUAUAAUUCCAUGAAUUUACAUUUUAACAAGUGGCAAGAUGUACCCUAACAUAAUUUUGUGCUUUAAUAAUAAUAAUUUGGAUCAUCCUUCAUCAUCAACAUCAUCUUCAUCAUCAUCUUGUACUUAUAUCCAAAUAUGGUACACUCUUAAAUGUUUGUUUUUUUCAUUCAACUUCAUUCCACCCAUUGUAUUGCAUUGUACUGUAUUUAUUACAUGCAAAAUAAACGUGUUGAGAGACA